AUUUCUUCACCCAAGAAGUUGAAAAGGGCCAGCGACAAACUGAAACUGAAAGUCAUCGAUCAAAAGCCAUCAUCAAUCUCUCCAAAUUCCAUUCAGUCCAAUCCUCCGAGCCUCCAAAAGGAUCAUCAGAACAAAAGGGUAAAAGGCAAAAAUGAGCCCUGACCUGUCUGUCCUCUUCCUCCUCCUCCUCCUCCUUCUCCUCCGGCAGACGGCCAUGGCCGUGGCUCUCCAGCCCGGCUACUACGCCGAGACGUGCCCGGGAGCCGAGGCCGCGGUGAGGGAAGCGAUGAAGGCGGCCCUGAUCAGGGAGCCCCGGAGCGUCGCCUCCGUCAUGCGUUUCCAGUUCCACGACUGCUUCGUCAAUGGCUGCGACGGGUCUCUUCUCCUGGACGACACGCCCACCAUGGUCGGAGAGAAAGAGGCCCUGUCCAACAUCAAUUCGCUGCGGUCGUUCGAAGUCAUCGACGAGGCCAAGGACGCGCUGGAGAAGGCCUGCCCCGGCGUCGUCUCCUGCGCCGACGUCAUCAUCAUGGCUGCUCGGGACGCAGUCGCCCUGACCGGCGGGCCGGAUUGGGAAGUGAAGUUGGGGAGGAUGGACAGCCUGACGGCUAGCCAGGAGGACUCGAACAACGUAAUGCCGAGCCCGAGGGCCAAUGCGAGCUUCCUUAUCGAUCUUUUCGCCAGCUAUGGCCUCUCCGUCAAGGACCUGGUGGCCCUCUCCGGGUCUCACUCCAUCGGGCAGGCCCGGUGCUUCUCGAUCAUGUUCCGGCUCUACAACCAGUCAGGGACCGGCAGACCGGACCCCGCGAUCGACCCAGGUUUCCUGGACGAGCUCUACAAGCUCUGCCCGCAGGGAGUCGAUCAGAACGUGACGGGGAAUCUGGACUCCACGCCCCGGGUGUUCGACAACCAGUACUUCAAGGACCUGGUCGCAGGCAGAGGGUUCCUGAAUUCGGACCAGACGUUGUUCACAUUCCCGCAGACAAGGGCGUACGUGAGGAGGUUCAGCCUAGACCAGGACGAGUUCUUCAGGGCUUUCCUCGAGGGGAUGAUCAAGAUGGGGGAUCUGGUGUCGGACCAGCCCGGCGAGAUCAGGAGGAACUGUAGGGUGGUGAACAGCCGGCCGGUGGAUGGCUUGUCGGAAUCUUGAAGGGUUUGAUUAUGUAAUUUUGUUACAUGACACAGAAAAUUCGUAUAAAGAUCUGACCGGGUGAUUAGAGAAGCAGUUCCGCAACCAGAGAGACAAAACAAACAUGAAGUAGUCUUAUACAUGUUCUUCUUGCAAUUUACUGAAGAAAAAGAAUCUGACUAGAAAGUGGUGCUGUUAGUAAGUUUGAGAAAUAUAUACAAUGCUGAUCUUAUCAAUGUUUUCUUGCAAUUUACACA